CCAACUUACAGAACCAAAAGAGAGUGAGAAGAAGAAGAAUAAGAAUCCAUGGAUUCUUCACAAGAACUCAAGAGGGUCAUGAUGAGCCUUGUGGCUGCCCUUGCCCUCUUCACCACCUUUGUCAUUCCACUUCCUGCUCAUGCUUCCCCUGCAGAAGCACAAGCCCUCCUCCGUUGGAAGUCUAGUCUUAGGAACCAUUCGGUUUCUUCCCUCUCUUCCUGGACUCCCUCUCCUCGUAAUGCCACUGGUUCCAGCUCGACGGCGAGUCCAUGCGCUUGGUAUGGCAUCUCCUGCAAUCGGGCUGGAAGCGUGAUCCGAGUUAAUCUCACCAGUGCCAAUGUCGAAGGUACGCUUGAUGAAUUCCCAUUCUCAUCUUUGUCUCAUCUAAUGUUCAUGGACCUGAGCGUAAAUAAUCUAUUCGGCCACAUUCCACCUCAAGUUGGUCUCCUCAGCAAUCUCACCUACCUCGACCUCUCUAUCAACCGGUUCUCCGGGGAAAUACCGCCAGAGAUCGGCCGUUUAACGAAACUGGAGGUCCUACACCUAAUUUCCAAUGAGUUAAAUGGCUCAAUUCCCCUAGAAAUCGGGCAAUUGCAUUUGCUCGAUGAGGUCGCGCUGUAUUCCAAUCAAUUGAAGGGAUCCAUACCUCCCUCAUUGGGUAAUUUGAGCAAAUUAUCUAGACUGUAUGUCUAUGACAACUACCUUUCUGGUUCUAUUCCUCCUGAAAUGGGAAAUAUGACAAAUUUGGAAGUGCUCCACAUGGACAACAACAGCCUGAGAGGACCAAUUCCUUCCACUUUGGGGAACUUAAUCAAAUUGAGAGAGCUGCACUUAUUUGCCAAUAAGCUUACCGGUUCUAUCCCCCUGGAGCUAGGGAAUUUGAACCUUCUUAGCUUGUUGAGCCUUGACAGUAAUAAUCUUACCGGUUCAAUUCCACGGACAUUUGGCAAUUUGACGGAGCUUACUCUUCUUUAUCUCUAUGGUAACCAGCUUUCGGGUCACAUUCCUGAUGAGAUAGGAAAUCUCCAUGCUAUGCGUGACUUGCAGCUGAGUAGAAAUCGCUUCACUGGCCCAAUUCCUUCUUCUUUGGGUCAGUUGACAAACCUAUUGUUUUUGUUCCUCCGCGAUAAUCAACUUUCUGGUUCAAUUCCUGGAUCCUUAGGGGAUCUGAAGAACUUGACGGUGCUGGAAUUGGAUGCCAACCAGUUAAUCGGCUCCUUACCAGAGAAAUUGUGCCGAGGUGGGUUGCUCCAAAACCUCACAGUGAGUGGCAACUUCUUAACUGGUUCUAUCCCUAGAAGUUUGAGAAAUUGUACAAGCUUAAUCAGGGUACGCCUAGAGAAAAACCAGCUCACCGGAAACAUAUCCGAGAUCUUUGGUGUCUUACCCAACUUGAACUUUAUUGACAUGAGUUUCAACAACUUCUACGGAGAAAUCUCAACAAACUGGGGAAGUUGCAUGAAUUUAACUGAUCUAAGAAUUGCUGGGAAUAACAUUACUGGUAGCUUGCCUUCUGAGAUUGGAGACGCGACUCAACUGCAUGCAAUUGAUCUUUCUUUCAAUGGUUUAGUCGGCGAGGAAUAA